CAGAAAGAGGAGGGAGAGAGAGAUGUCUUUCUUGUGGGAGAAAAGCGAGACAUGGAGAUGGCUGGUGAGGAAGACGAGGGACUCCAGAUCAUUCUUCUUCACAUUCGCCACCUUUUGCGGCGUCAUUCCGGGCGUCAUCGGCUAUUGCGUCAUGCAGGCUACCAGUUCCCGCAACCCUGAGCUCGAGGCCCGACUCCGACAAUCCGCCCGCCCCGAAUCCCUCAUGAUGGGCAAAGUUAACCAAGAGAGGCUUGCUGAAUAUCUCAAUGAGUUGAAGGAGAAGAAAGACACCAAUGACCGUUAUGUAGCUGCUCUGAGGGGAGAGACCCUUACCAGGAAGCCUUACCAAAGAAUCCAACCAGUCUCGAAGCCAGAAGACACAGAGACGACGAUCAAAACCCAAUAAGGAUGAAUUCGUAGAAGAACUUUUUGUACAAAUCCCUCAGUGGAACCUUUGAUCAAUGCACUCUAUUAUGCACUCAUCGUAUCUGUUUUUGUACUUGGACCUCUAGUUCCAAAGUUUUUCACUUUUCUAACAUUUUAUUACAAAUAACGAAACUGUAUAAUCUAAACAUGUACAUUGGUUCACCAUUCUUGUUA